CAACGUAUUUUAAAGUGAUUAACAAAUUAAUAAAUAAUAUAAAUUCCAACUUUGAACUAAAUAGAAUAAUUAUUAAUAAAAUGAAUACUUUAUUACCUAAAAUAUGCAAGUUCCUACGUUUAUAUGAUAAUAAUUUUGCGCGUAAAUUUCAUAAAAGUUUUACUUUUAACAAAGAUUCCGUUGAGAAAGUUAACCCGCUCAUAUUGGAACCAAUCGAAUAUGAAAGCUACACAUUAAGGAGACACGAUAAUGAUAGACGUCAAAAUCUUUACGAAUUCGGUUUGUACGUUGGAGCAUGUUUACCUAAAUUCGUCCAAAAGAUUCAAAUGCAACAUACCGACGAAUUGGAAAUACUCGUUGCGCCCGAAGGCUUGUUCCCUGUUCUAAGUUUUAUGUGUAACCACCAAAACGCCUGCUUCGGUCAGUGCUCGUCGGCGACGGCUAUCGAUGUUCCAAGUCGGACGUACAGGUUCGAAGUUGUUUAUGACAUUCUUAGUUUUAGAUUUGGAGAAAGAGCCAGGGUUAAAACUUAUACCGACGAGGUGACUCCAUUGCAUUCCGCUUACGAUGUUUGGAAUGGUGUCAAUUGGUACGAACGAGAAAUAUACGACAUGUUUGGUGUAAUUUUCACUCACCAUCCUGACCUGAGGAGAAUUCUGACAGACUACGGAUUUAAAGGACAUCCUCUGAGAAAGGAUUUCCCUCUAGUUGGGUACACAGAGGUGCGGUACGAUGAUGGCUUGAAGAAACUGGUGUAUGAGCCCGUUGAGUUUGCGCAAGAAAUGCGAAGCUACCAGUUGGAAUCUCCGUGGAAUUAUUACAAAAAUUUUGAUAAAGAUUACAGUGCUCCACCGCCGCCUCCAAAAAAGAAGUAAGCUUAACAAUAUGUUAUCUUUAUGUUAUUUAUUUGAAUAAAGUUUUUAAUAUUUA